UCCCUACUAGCAAAAGAGCGUCCUGGUUAAAUCGCUCUCACUGCUGACUCUUCACUCUGUCUUUAUCCUCCAUUUACUGGAUUUAUUUCGUUUGAAUUUAUACGUUAUUAAUUAAAAUACACUCCAAAAUUUACGUCCCACAAACGCUUCCUAGAGAGAAAGAGAGGAUUCCACAAUAAUAAGGUUCAUCCGCGGUGAGCAAGCAAAGUCUGAGAGCCUGGUGGCAGGGGAAGAAACGUCAACUACUUUAUCACCUUAUUCACAAUGGCUACGAAUAAUUACUACAAUUUUACUCAUGGUGGAACUUAUAACCCUGGGACCCAGUACACUGCCUCCGCAGGGGCUGCAACAGGCGCUGCGUAUCCUCCGCCUAGUCCAUAUGGGACUCAACAACAAGCAACAGGACAACCAUACGGCACCCCCACUUCUGACCCAUACGUGAUUGCUGGAUAUACACGACCUGCUGGACCGGGGCAACAGCAGCAACAACAACAACAAGGAUAUUAUAAUCAAGCUCAAGCUGCCAGCUAUGCGGCUUCGAUGGGGGCCGUUGCCAAUAAGAUUGCACGCCCAACGCCGCCUUCCACGGUGUACCCAACGUAUUCGGCUAAUACUACUGGAACAACUGCAUCUGCUUCGUAUGCUGGAUUUGCUCCACCCCAACAACAUCAACCCACUCAAAGCAAUAAAUUUACAAACUAUGAUGCUGCAGUAUAUAAUGCUGUAUCAGCUUAUGCAACUGGUGGUCCUAGCGUUAGUCGAGGAAAUGGAAUGGGAUUUAAGAAAGGAACAUCUAAGGGAAUGGGCAUGGGUGGGAAACCCCAAAGGCCGAUGCCUAAACCUCAAACAUUACACUACUGCGACGUAUGCAAAAUCAGUUGUGCUGGACCACAGACGUACAAGGAACAUUUAGACGGUCAGAAGCACAAGAAGAAGGAAGCUGCUCAAAAGACUGGGGCUCCACCAGUGCCAAAGGGUGGUCCUGCUGGAUUACGCUGUGAAGUUUGCGACGUAACUUGCACAGGAAGUGAUGCAUAUGCAGCUCAUAUACGAGGAGCUAAACAUCAAAAAGUUGUAAAAUUGCACACAAAACUUGGAAAGCCGAUUCCCUCGGACAGCCCAACUGUAAUAGCCGCCCCAACUACGAAUCACGUCAAUAGUUACAAUAAAUCUGCUAUUUCUGGAAAUGCUGUUCCAACUAAUACAGGAAACAACAAUUUUGCCAAAUCGAGUGCCCCGAAAAUAAGCUUUGUUGGGAACGUCAAAUCUGAACCACCAGUCCCUGGAAUCACUGAAACAACAAAAACUAAUCAACCACCACCAGCAGCACUACCGAUGAGCACAACGUAUACGAGCCCUGCUGCUCCCGGUGGUGGGAGUAACAAGCCCUUGGCUACAAACAUCGAUGCUGUUGACAAAUCAAGUAUUUUGGACUAUAUUGAAAAAGAUAUUCAGCCAGUUGGGCAGGAUUAUAUUGAGGAAAUUCGGAGUGAAGAAGGCAAAGUGGUUUCAUUUAACUGUAAAUUGUGCGAAUGCCGAUUUAAUGAUCCAAAUGCUAAAGAGAUGCACAUGAAAGGUCGCCGCCAUCGACUACAAUAUAAGAAAAAAGUUAACCCGGACUUGGUAGUUGAUGUGAAGCCUUCUAGUCGGCAAAAGAAAAUUGAUGAGAGACGAACAGCUCGAACCAUCUCCAUGAGGAAACCUAUGAGUAACGAUAUGUUCUCUAGGGGCCCUGUUCCUUUAAUGACAUCGACGCCAAGAGGCUUUGGACCAGGGUAUGGAGGUGGUCCUUCUCCAUUCUACAUCCCUCCACUUUUACGUCGACCAGAAACAUCAGAAGAUCGACACGUUAUGGCAAAGCAUGCUGAAAUAUAUCCUGAAGAACCAGAGCUACAGGCUAUUCAAAAAAUAGUUUCAAACACUGAAAAGGCACUCAAGUUUGUUUCUGAUCGCUUUGCCGAGGAAGAUUGUACAACUGUUAAAACAGAAAACGGAGGAGAGGCACCACAGCUCUCGGAAGCUGAUUUACAAGCUGCCCGCAAACUAAAAGGGGUCAUGCGUGUUGGGAAUUUGGCAAAGGGCCUGUUAUUGAGAGGGGACCGUGAAGUGGAAUUAGUUGUUCUCUGCUCCGAGAAACCCAAUCUAUCGAUGUUGAAUAGAGUGUUUGAUUGCUUGCCUAAGCAGAUGGAGAUUGUGACUACUGAAGAAAAGUACGAUAUAAGGAUCGCACCUGAACAUGCAGGAAUUAGAAUUUCAUCCACAGAUGAUCUAAAAAUCGAUGUUAUCGUCACUCUUACGUCGCCGUUAUUGAGAAAUAAUAGCGUAGGCGCACCGGGUGAGGCCCAAGCAGCAACUCAGGUUCCGGAGCUGAACGAUCUUCCAAAGGAGAAAUGCCUAACUGCUUUGGCCGCACUUCGACACGCGAAAUGGUUUCAGGCUAGAGCUACAACCUUACAAAGCUGUGUGAUUGUAAUUCGGAUAUUACGAGACAUGUGCCGACGAGUUCCUCAAUUACAUGCAAUGCCGUGUUGGGCAAUCGAAUUAUUAACGGAGAAGGCAAUCAGCAGCCCAGGAAUCCCAAUCAGUCCUGGAGAUGCACUGAGAAUUGUUUUUGAAAUUCUGGCAUCCGGAUUGAUGCUACAAUUUGGACCAGGUUUGUUGGACCCUUGUGAAAAAGAGUCUUGCGAUGCACUUGCUGGAUUAGACAGCCAAGUUAGAGAAGAUAUUACGGCUUAUGCACAGCAAGCACUGAGGCAAAUUUCGUUUCGCCAAAUUCAUCAUGUUCUGGGGAUGGAAGCAGUUCCAAAGUCUAGCAAGUUUGCUGCACUUGGGAACCGCAAACGGAGAAGGGACCCCAGCGGAAACAAUGGCGAUGAAACAGAUGCUUCAAAUGAUCUGAAGAAGGAUAAAAAAGAAGAGUCAGUUAAUAUUUUAGCUGCUGAGAAUGUUGUCUGAAACGUUAUCAUAAACAAAAGGUAUUUUAAGUAGUUCAGAUUUAUGAAGAUCAAUCUUCCUCUAGAUGAUUGAUCCAUGUUAAAAUCUUUUAUUAACUAUACAGCUACUGCUGUAUGUACUUGUGUGUUGACCAGCCGUUGGUGCUGGUUGCCGAUUAUCUAUUGCGUUUUCUCAAAACUACAUUUUCAAAUUUGUCGCUUAUUAUUUCUUCAUUGGGUCUAUCAUUUUUACUUUUUUAGAAAUAAACUUCUGGAUAUUAUUAUCUAGUUGAUAGCUAGAAGUACUUACAAACAUUAAUUAGUCUGGUGAAUAAUUGAUUAUGCUGAACCAGAUUAUAGUAGUUUAUAGUCGGGUUUAUCUCCUUUUGGCAUAAAAAGCAGCAAUUAUAUGCGCCUUAAUUAAAUUAACUACAAAAUAAACCCAACUAUUAAUCCAGCAGGAUAUGUAUUUAAAUAUAUAGCUGAUUACAAAGUUGUAUUAUAUUAGAAAUAGUAUAUUAAUUUAAUCAUUAUACUUUAAUAUUUUAUGUAUUAAUUUUCUUGUUCUGAUGAACUCAAUAUAGAACUUUAUAUGUAAGUAGAUCUACGCUAUGCAUUAUGUCACAUAUACACUAUUGUCAUAACCUCUCUAAACACAUGUAAGCUUUACGUAGGUAUUCAUUUACUUAUUAUGUAGAAAUAAAAUCAAAUUUUAAGCCUUGAUCCCAAUCC